AUGGCUGCACUUUCUUCUUGCGCCUCCACCGAGGUAGUAGUGGAUGUGACGACCACCACGACCCGAGUCACGACGACGCCCGCUUCAGCUCUACCAACGGCCUCGAUCAAGCCCACCGGCGCUGACAGCACGGCCCACGCCGCUUCCGGUGCCACCGCUGACAUGACACGAAGCUCUGGGGUUUUGAGGCCCGUCACCGAGACGGCCCGCCCCACGCUGUACCGGCUUGCUGCUAGCGUCAGUUCGGGGCUGGAAUUUGCCGUCAAGCUGGAGCUCGAGGCCCGCUUGCCAGGUCGCUUCUUUGAUUAUCAGGCUUCGCAAUCGUACGUCAAGUUUAGCGUACGGCCCGAGGACUUGCCCGUGGCCACUGCCCUUUUGACUGUUGAGCGCCUCUCCGCCGUCGUCUGCGAUCAGCCCAUCAAGUCCUAUGCCGGGCAUCUCAUCACCCAGAAACAGAUUGUGGACAUGAUCAUUCACAGCGAACACUGGGCCCAUCUGCCUCGCCUUUGUCACGAUGCCAACUUGCUGCUGGAGGAACAGGCUGGCCUUGUGGACGCCGUCACUGCGCAGCGCCGCCGUGCGGCUUUUCACCCCUUACAGAAGAAACGCAUCACGGUGGGCGCGCGCAAGCGCGGGCGUGCAACGCGGCACAUUUCGGAAAUCGGCCUCAACACGGCGCUGGCGGGGGCCAUCCGUCAGCAUAUCCCGACCUGGCAACCCGUGCGUAGCGAGCACGAUUACACUCUUUUUGUGCGCCUGGGUAACAAUCGCGUACUCGCCGCCAUCAACCUCCACGCUACGCGCCUGAGUCAGCGCACCGACGUGGUUGAGGAGGGCCUACGCGCCGGCGUCGGUGUCACCAUGGCCCUUUUGGCGCGCUUGGAGCCGGGCGACAUUGUGGUUGAUCCCAUGGCUGGCCGGGGCAGUCUUCUUGCCGAAGCGGCUCGCAUGUUUCCAGACGCCCAUUACCUCGGCAUGGACAUGACCAACAACCAACUUCGCCGCAUGGCCCAGAAUUUUCACGUCAGUCGCAGUGGGGCGUCCUUUGACGUUCUUACGGCCAGUGUCACGGCCAAUCCCUGCCUGAGGCCCGGCAGCGUCGAUGCCAUCCUUUGCGAUCUUCCCUAUGGCCGCAUGUACGGUAGCCAGGAGGCGAAUCGCGAGCUGUACCCACGUGCUCUGGCCACCAUGGCCUCCCUCCUGCGCAAGGGCGGCCGCGCCGUCUUCAUCACUGCCAAAGACCAACAGAUUCUACUUGAGGAGUCGGCGUCCACGGGCUUUCACGCGUAUUGGCCGGCCAGCCCGGCAGUGUCCCCGUUGACCUUUGCCCUGACUUCGCGCUACAACAUCGGCCUCGGUUCGCUCUCCGCGUGCAUCUCCGUUUUUAGCUACGGUGAUGCCCCUGCCCCCGACAUUGCCGGCUCUGUUCCUCAGCCUCUCGCCGAAAAGGCUACUCUCAAAGCCCAGCGUCGGGAAGAACGCAAGAUGGAGCGGCGUGUGGCCCGUCAAGCCCUGCCUCAGAGUGAUGCAAGUGACGGCGCUGAGCCCAAGCCGACGCAUGUGCACCACCACACUGCUGGUGUCGCCACCACCAACAACGACGACAACAACAACAACAACAACAACAACAAUAAUAAUAACAACAACAACGUGGCCUCGUCCGAGUCGGAAACCACUCUGACGGAAUCCGACUCCAACAAGGAAGGAGACGAGGAGGACGAGGAAGAGGAGACUGGCGGGGCGCGACAGCCCUUGCCUGUGAUCGUGGCCGGUGCUCGUCGGGGUCACCGGGUCCAAGCCAAGCGCUCCAUCGUCGUGAUGGAGCGCACCGUGUCUGCCUCGGCCACCACAGUGGCACAGGCAACUAGCUUUGUUCCCAUUCCCACCGACGAUGGCCGUGCCGUGAUCAACUGCUCCCCGCGCUCCGCCUGGACACCGACGCCCACGCCCCCAGCCAAGCGUUCUAAAGCCGCCGACUCGAGCACCUGGUCCUGUAUCAUCUCAUAG